AUGGCGGCUGGCACUUUGGAGAGGUGUUCCCUCACGGAUGAAUCUCGGUUUUCAAGUCCAGUUCAAGUCAAGUUUGCUGAUGUCAACAUUGUGGAUCAAGUGGCCCAUGAUGGCAGUGGGGUUAUGAAAUACCGUGAUGAGAUCCCAAGGCCCAUUUUUAUUCCAUUCAAUCACAACCAUCAUGAUAAUGCACGGCCCCAUCAAGGAAUCGGUGCACAAUUCCUGUAUGAUUAUGUGGAGGUGGAGGAGCCUGUCGGAGGCGUGGUGUUGGGGCGUUGGUGUGGCUCAGAGAUGGUUCCAGGACCCCAGGUGUCCAAGGGAAACCAGAUCCUGAUCCGCUUCGUCUCUGAUGAAUACUUUCCCUCGGACCCAGGAUUCUGCAUCCACUACUCUUUGCUUCAGCAGAGGCAGUCGGAGCCCGAGACCCCUCCAGUGAUGCCUGCGUGGAUGCAGAGUGUGGAUGUUCUGAGUGAAGCUGUCGCUGGAUUCAGCACAAUGGAGGAAGUAAUGAAAUACCUGGAGCCGGAACGCUGGCAGGUGGACAUAGAGGACCUCUACAAGCCUUCCUGGCAGGUGGUGGGCAAAUCAUUCUUCCACCAAAAGAAAUCCAGAGGAGCGGUGGACCUGAACCUGCUUCGUGAGGAGGUUCGGCUUUACAGUUGCACUCCACGGAACUUUUCCGUCUCGUUGCGUGAGGAGCUGAAAAGGACGGACGCCAUCUUCUGGCCCAGCUGUCUGCUGGUGAAGCGCUGUGGAGGGAACUGCGCAUGCUGCUCUCACAACUGCUACGAUUGCCAGUGCUCGCCCACCAAAGUGGCCAAAAAAUACCAUGAGGUUCUGAUGCUGAAACACAGAGCAGGGGGUCGGGGGCUGCAAAAGACUCUAACAGAUGUCCCCCUGGAGCACCAUGAGGAGUGUAGCUGUGUGUGUAAAAAUGACUCCGACUAAAACAGUCCCAGGGAGAGAGCAACACUGGCCCUCUACAGACUCAACCAGGGAAAUAAUUCUUGCAUCAUGCAUAAAUGUGCGGAAGAGAUUUUACCCUGACAUUGCAAACUAAUGAAAUGAAAGAGAAUCUUGAUUUAUCUAAACCUGCGGUUCCAUUCGUUUUGGGCUCACAAAUCUAUAGAGAACUGACCUAUGCAGAAGUUUCCAUUGGCCCUGUGAUAACAUGGAAUGUCAGGAGGAAAAUUGGACACGGUCUUGCUUCUCUGUGUGUAUGGGGAGGUUUGCAAACAGUGUGUGUGUGUGUGUAUGUACAUUCAUGAAUCUCUUUCUGUGUGUGAGUGAAUGUAUAGAGCUGUUCAGGAAAUUAGGUAUUCCAGGAUAACUAGAGAGCCUGAAGUGAGUGUGCUAUUACUUGUGGAACAAGUGGAUUUGACGCAUUCUUUUAUAUCAUUUUUCUCUUUGCUGUUUUCACAACUUAAAAGGACAUUGACUGUGCAUCAACUUUCAGCAAUUCAAGGACAAUUUUGAGGUGGCAUGGACUUUCUCCUCAAUAACAUCCCAAAGAAAUGAAUUACUUUGUCAUAAACCAGCACUCAGGCACCUAUUCAUUUCUGAAUCGGCAUAUUUUCAUGAAUAAUUCAAAAAGAAUAUUCCAGGAAAGAUAAAGAUGGGUCUUUUUUUUUUUUUUUUUUUUUUUUUAACCAGAGCUGAGUGAUCACGCAUCUUCUGCUCUUUUGCGUUGUACUAUAGACUCUUAAAAAUGGCUCCAUUUGAGAAAGAACACUAAAAUACAAUAGUGAAACUUGUGUAAAUAUAUUUCAAAUUGUGAUUUGUUGACUUUUCCUAUGUCAUGACAGUUUUUGGUACCAACAUUUUGGGCAUGUAAGAAUUGUUUUUCCCCUUUCAUAAUCACUGUAGUAUUUUCCGUAUUAGUCACUCUUUUAGUAGAGACAUUUAUACUUUUGUGUUGUUUGAAUAACUGUUUUAAUUGUGUAAUAAGAUUGUUGUUUGACUGGAGACGAAAUUAAAACCAUUAGAUGUUCAUGUAAAUAGACUUUUUAGAAGUUAAAGGGACAUAGAACUGCCAGUACCAUAUUCCUCUACCAUUAAACGAUUAACUAAAUUGUUGUGGUUUUUCCAAAUGGCGCUUAAAGCAUUGGUUUGCCCAAGUAAUCUGCAGUUGUCACAAAAAUGCAAAGUACUGCCAGGGAACCCUAUGACAAUGAACUAUUUACUGCAAUCUGACUUCAGUCUUUGAGAUCGUAAUUGGAUGUUAAUGAUGUAUCUCUGCAUUAAGCUUUUCAAGAGUAAAAUCAUGUGACUGACA